AUGUCAACAUUGGAUGUAGGUCUCAACGAGACAGUUGCGAACGCUGCAGACGAUGUCGAAGGCAACGCCGCCGAGCGUGCAGUAGAGGAAGAGGAAGAAGAAGAGGCCGACGAUGAGUUUGGCAACCCCAGCCGGUGGUGGUUUGCCAGCACCGCUUGCCCACUGCUCGCAGGCACCUUUGGGCCCAUAGCCAAUGGCUUCAGCAUAUGUGCCCUCGUUUACAACUGGCGGGUUGAAAUUCCAGCUGGUGGCACCCAAGGGCAUGGUCCACCUAUACCGGAUCCAGGCUGGCUUCUCGCCAUCAAUGCCGUGUCUCUCAUCUCUGCUCUUGUCGGCAACGCGACUCUCUUGCUCAACAUGGCUCGCCGAGUCAAGUUCUACAUCGCUCAGCCCCUCACCAUCACUGGCUUCUACCUUGCGGGCAUCUUACUGAUUGCCGACAUGGCUGCACUCACGGCAUCCCCAACGGACCACUUGACCGGCAGUGUUGCCCCUGCCGCCGCCCAUGCACUUUCGGAAGCCUUUUAUUACGCCAUUUUCGCCUCAGUCAUAUACAUGGUCAUCGGCUCACUGAUGUGCCUCACCGUCUAUGGAGCGCUCAAGGGCUACUACGAGAAGGACUUCCAAUUGAACGCUUCGCAACGCACUCUCAUGCUUCAGACCAUGUUGUUCGUCGCGUAUCUGCUGCUUGGGGCACUAGUCUUCAGCAAAAUCGAGGGUUGGAGUUUUCUCAACGCAGUUUACUGGGCGGACGUCACACUGCUUACGGUAGGCGUCGGCGACUAUUCGCCAAUGACAAGUGUAGGUAGGGGCUUACUGAUCCCCUAUGCGCUAUGCGGCAUCCUCAUUAUCGGUCUGGUCAUCGGCAGUCUGCGGUCCUUAGUCCUCGAGAGAGGCGAGCAGAAGCUGGCAGCAAGAAUCACGGAGAAGCGUCGGUCUACCGCAGUCCAUAACGUGGAUGAGCGAAAACAGACGGUCAAAAUCUCAUUCCUCGCAUCCGCGGACUUCAGUACCGAUCCCGCACUCACACCAGCACAGCGUCGUGAGGAGGAGUUUCAUGUGAUGCGCAAACUUCAGGAGGUUGCCGACAACGAGCGGCGCUGGAUGGCUUUAGCCAUGUCUGGCACCUUCGCACUUAUGCUUUGGCUUGUUGGUGCUGCAAUCUUCAUGGUUUGUGAGCAGAGCCAGCAGUGGACCUACUUCGACGCCGUCUACUUCACAUGGGUCUGCCUGCUCACCAUCGGCUAUGGUGAUUACCGCCCGUACUCAAAUGCUGGUCGAGCGUUCUUCGUCAUCUGGUCGCUGUUAGCAGUGCCCUCUCUUACCAUACUUAUCUCUGACAUGGGUGACACUAUCAUCAAAUGGUUCUCAGAUCUUACCACCUGGGUAGGUAGCAUCACCGUCCUGCCCGAAGGCGGAGGCUUCCGAGCAAGAGUCAAAGCCAUCCUACAGACCUUGAUCAGGUGGUGCACUGAUUCCUUCCAACGCUUCUCGCCACCAGGCUUGUUCGGAGACCACGAGCAGCGCAUGCUUGAUCGCCUUUCUGAUCGCCUCACAAAGCACAUCGAAGACGACGAGUCUCACCCUGACACGUCUGUGGAUGAGCUGCAGCGCGAUAUGAACUUCUAUCACUACGUUCUCGCCCGCGAAUGCCGCAAUCUUCAAAAGGAUCUUGCUGCCAGCCCUCCGAAGAAGUACGCCUGGGGCGAGUGGGAGUACUACCUCAAGCUCAUCGGCAACGAAGGCGACCCACAGAAUCACCCGGGUCAAACAAAGCUUCGACCCAACCCUGAGCGGCGCGAGAAGCGUCGUCUCACAACGCUCGAUCUGCAGGACUGGUCAUGGCUGUCGAAUAGGUCGCCGCUUAUGAGCAGCAAAAGCGAAGCCGAAUGGAUCCUUGAGCGCCUUGCCGCAGCCUUGGAGCGGGAGUUGAACCGACAGCGCAAAGGUCACCGCCGGAAGCCGCCCAUUAGUAUGAGCGACCUCAAGAAGCGGACGAGGCAGAAAGAAGCGCAGCAGGCCGACGACGAUGAGCACCGCGGAGGCGGAGGGAGAAGUGGUGGUGGCGAGAAGGGCGUGAAGAGCCAGAAGGGCGCGGCGGGCGAGAUAGCGGGUAAGGAGGAGGAUGCGCUGGAGAAGGCGGCGAAGAGUGAGGCUUAG